GUUGUGCGAGCAAACACACCAACAGAAGCUCACGCUCAGGUCUCCGGCUCCAUGCGUGUGUUUUCCGAAACAAAGAAAACUGAUAAAUUCAGAGGUGCUAUAUAGGCCAGAGCUACCUGCGCACCGGCUUGCUCUGCAGAAACUUGUUCUUUUCCAACAACUCAAGUGCCCUUUUAUAUUACUGUUAUUAUUAUUUGCACCAUCGCUCUCUUUUUCACAGCCUACGUUACCACAUAGACAAGAAUUCUCCAUUUUCCCCCCACUUUGUCGCUGCCACACGAAUAGACAUUACCGCUGUAUAUAUGCGCUCAGCGGAGUUCCAAGUUACCGUACCCAUCCCACACACAAGUUUGCGAACAUUGUUGUGUCUCUUUUUUUCCUUUACAAUAAAUAGAGUUCUGAUCUCGUUGCAAGACGGGAUAGCACGUUACACCCACAGCUUGUUAGCCCUUUUUAGCACCAAUGAGCUCCUUGUUGCUGAAGGAGAUCGAAGCUAGCGAUCCGGACGACCAGACAAUCUUAGAGUUGUUUACGUCCUGCCGUGAACACGUGAUUCGCGUCUCCGCGACGCAUUUUCUGCCCCACCAGAUUGCGGUGACGACUAAAAAUGGGUUUAUCGAACUGGUCAACACGGCAAGCGGCGAGUUCCGCCUCUUCCUCACCUUCCUCGACCGUAUACCUCUCGACGCCUCCCUGCGGUGCUUUUCCCUCGUCCCCAGCCUCUACGCCGCCUCCACCACGAGGCACCAGCACCAUCUCCUCUUUUCGCUCGCGUACUCGAACGAACUUCUCCUCGGCAACGUAGAGACGAGCGCGGUGCGGACGCUGGCCACAUGCGUGAGUCGACCAAGCGUGGUGGAGUGCGACGGCGAUUACAUUGUCUGCGGUGAGGGAAACGGCCAGCUUUCGGUGUGGCGGGGUAGCGCAGAGGAGCGCGAGCGCGUUCGCGGAAGCGGGGCAGGCAACAUCUCGCUGCCGCCGCUGUUGUGGCAGCAAAAGUUGUUUGAUGACUCCGUUGUCUGCAUUGGGCUCCAUCGCGAUCAGCUGGUGUGCUGCUCGGCAGAUUACCGCUGCGUGGUGGCCUCCGUGGAGGGCGGCACCGUGCGCGCGACGUUGUCGUCGUUGGAUAUCGAUCGCGGUGUUGCCGCUUUUGCGCUGACUACGCCACCGCUGAUGGCAGGACACAAAGUGCUCGCGGUGUGCCUCACGUCGCGCAUCUCCGUGUUUGCCGUGCAGCCGUCGGACGGCGGCGAGGCGGGGAAGGCGGCGGCGGCCGGACCGUUAUCAGUGCUUUCUUCCCCAUCCGGGCGAUCUGAGCACUGGUCGUACCGUGGUGGUUGCCGGCUAAGCGAAGGAGAGGAGCUGACGUGUGCAUCGUGCCUGGGGGCGUACAUGGCAGCUGGCACGCGCUCUGGCCUGGUGCUGCUGUACGCCUGUGAUGCCGCUGCGCAGCAGGUAAAGGAGCUGGUGCGCUUCAACGUUGGCUACGGCGUGAAAGGGAUGCAGCUCUUCGCAGAUGACACGCUGCUCGUCGUGACAUCCGCGGGAGACGUCUGGCGCUGGCCGUUGGCCGACCUGCUGAGCACCGUAAAGCAGAACGCGGGUGGGUCGGUGAGGGACGCACGGAGCAGUGAAAAUGACGUGACCGAGGCGGAGGGAGAGGAGGAGGAGCCGGUGCCGUCGGUCGACGCACCACCGCAGCCUUCCGCAGCGCCGGGCCUCAAAACGGCGGCGCACCCCGCGCAGCUGAGCACGACUCUCUGCGAGGUGAGCCACACCCACGAAGGCGAAGCAGAGGAUCGAAACCUGUCGCUGCAGGAGAGCUCCUCCAUAACUCAGGAGACACCGUAUGAAAAAAAGACGGACACGGAGGCGGGCAGCGCCGCCGCUUCCGUGGAAGACAACACCGCUGUGACUCCCUCGAGGGACCGCAAUAAUGAGGCGGAGGGGGACAGCCUCACGUCGGUGCAUCUGUCGUCCCUGCAUCGCGAUGACGACACCGCCGACCUCAACGUAUCGGCAGACGACGACGACGACGACGUGCACGGGGAGCGGCAUGACGAGGACAGCCUCGGCACGGAUGGACAGCCCACGGAGCCGACGACGGCGCUGUGCCUCGACGCCGCACCGCUGGGACCAGCGCUUGCGAGACAAAAUUCGGAAGUCGCGGAGGGAAGAGGGGCAGUUAACCCCCAUUCGCAGGACAGACCGCCGGCUGUGCUGUACGACCCAGAGACUGUCGCAGACACUGACGGCACCACGACGGAUUCUAUGCAGCACGAGGCAGCGAUGGGGUCUGUGGAGGUGAGCCACUGCGACUCCGCCGGCGGCGUCUCGCCUCCCUCGUCGGCCGACACCACCGCCCACAUCGAAGCCACCGCACAUGGUGUCAGCGAGCAGACAAGCCCAUUACCAAAACUCCCCUCUUUAAGCAAACAGGAAAAAUACUCGAAUGCAUACGUGGGUGCGCACGGUGCCAGCAGCGACGACAUCAAAGGUCCCACAACGAACUCUUCAGUCGAGAAGGACCGGGUAGCGGAGGAGAGCAUGCGCGAGAGUACACCAGCACCUCCCAAAUCGAUAAAGAGCCCGAAAACUCGAGCUUCAGAAGAGGCGCGUGAGAUGGCGCAACUGGAGGCCGAGUUUGAUCAAGCAGUGGCGCGCAUGUUAGGACCCAAGACGUCUAUCGAAGGCCUUCGCCGUGGCCGUCGCAUGGACCCGCGCAAGGUGGCCGGUAUACUCCACAACUUGGCCAAACAGCACGCCGGUGCAUCCGCGGCGCACAGCACAACGUCCGCACUUGCAGGACUCAACAGCACGAAGCUGUUGGAGGAAAAACGCGCUGCCAUCGCUGCUGCGGCGUUUGACUUCGAUGCGUACCGACAGGCCCAUCGUCUCGAGGUUGACGCACUGCAGUACCAGCACCCAGUAAAGGCGCUGACGUACACCCUGCAAGAUCGCGUGUUCGGCGGUGUCGAGGCGGUUGCGCGCCUCCGGGGUGCAGAAGACAACGAUGGCGACGCUUCGGCGCCGCGGAAAGUGCCGUCAUCGUCGCUCUCGCAGGACGAGCUGCGUGAUGUCACCUACGGUCGAGUGAAGCGUGUCAUCGACGCGGAGAUUGUGGAGGAGCGACGACGUGGUGGGCCGGAACUUCGACAUCACCGCUGCGAGGAUUUGCUGUUCCCUUCGCCCGCCGCGGCGUCAACCGUGCUGUUUAAGGAAGAUGCGUUGCUUCCCAGCACUGCGUGGGAGGAGGUUCUUCUUUUGCCCAUGCCUCUGCCGCCUGCGUCUUCGGUGUUUUGA